AGCCGUGCAGCCUGGCCGGAGCGGGCGCGCCGGAUGGUUCCCGAGCUCCCAGCCCCGGCUAGCCAUGAACACUGAAGAGCAGUAUUAUGCCUCGACCCAGCUCUACAAGGAUCCGUGUGCGUUUCAGAGAGCCCAAGCCCAGGAUUAUAACCAGACCCCCCCAGCCUGCCUGUACAUGGGCAGACCGCAGCAGGCACCUUACGCUAGCGCUUUAGGGGCGCUGGAACAAGGCAGCCCGCCAGACAUUUCGCCCUACGAGGUCCCCCCCAUCACAGAGGAUCCAGGGGUCUCCCAUCUUCAUCACCAUCACCACCACCCUCAUCACCCCCAGCUUCCUCCCCACCAAGAAGCUAUGCCUUUUGCAGACGGGGCUGACACGGGGGCUAUAGAGGAACCUAGAGUUCAGUUGCCUUUCCCGUGGAUGAAAUCCACCAAAUCUCACGCCUGGAAGGGACAAUGGACCGGUGGCUCCUAUGCGGUAGAGCAGGAAGAGAACAAGAGGACGCGGACCGCCUACACCAGAGCCCAGCUGUUGGAGCUGGAGAAGGAGUUCCUCUUCAACAAGUACAUCUCCCGGCCCCGGCGCGUGGAGCUGGCCGUCAUGCUGAACUUGACCGAGAGACACAUAAAGAUCUGGUUCCAGAACCGGAGGAUGAAGUGGAAGAAGGAGGAGGAUAAAAAGAGGAGCGCGGGGGGCGGCGGCGGAGGCAACAGCAACGACCCAGAGCAAGACUGUGUGGUGUCCUCGGGGGAGCGGCCGGGGAACGAGGAGCUGCAGCCCUGCCACGCGGCCUCCCGAGAGUUGCUCCCCUCCAGCCUCGCUGCCUCCCCGCAACCUCCUGGCGCCGCCCCGCGCAGGCAGCAGGACGCGCGGUGAAGGACCGUAGCCCCCCCUUGGCAGGCGCCGCGCGGAGGGGUAAGAGUGAAAGGAGCGACGCGGGGGCCGGGAUGCGCAGCCUCUUGUGUCCCGUGGCUCCUCGCCAGGCGCCCCAGGGA